AGAAAAGCGGCGGCAGCGGCUCUAGCGGCAGAAGCAGCAGCGCCGGGUCCCGUGCGGACGCCCUCCUUGCGGUGUUGUUUCUUGAGCUGCGGCAGCUCUCACUACAGCGCCAGGACGAGUCCGGUUCGUGUUCGUCCGCGGAGAUCUUUCUCAUCUCGCUCGGCUGCGGGAAAUCGGGCUGAAGCGACUGAGUCCGCGAUGGAGAGAACUUUAGAAACUGUUCCUUUGGAGAGGAAAAAGAGAGAAAAGGAACAGUUUCGUAAACUCUUCAUUGGUGGCUUAAGCUUUGAAACCACAGAAGAAAGCUUGAGGAACUACUACGAGCAAUGGGGAAAACUUACAGACUGUGUGGUAAUGAGAGAUCCUGCAAGCAAAAGAUCAAGAGGAUUUGGUUUUGUGACUUUUUCAUCCAUGGCUGAGGUUGAUGCUGCCAUGGCUGCAAGACCCCAUUCAAUUGAUGGGCGAGUGGUUGAACCCAAACGUGCGGUGGCAAGAGAGGAAUCUGGAAAACCAGGGGCUCAUGUAACUGUGAAGAAGCUGUUUGUUGGUGGAAUUAAAGAAGAUACUGAGGAACAUCACCUUAGAGAUUACUUUGAGGAAUAUGGAAAAAUUGAUACCAUUGAGAUAAUUACUGACAGACAGUCUGGAAAGAAAAGAGGCUUUGGUUUUGUUACUUUUGAUGACCAUGAUCCUGUGGAUAAAAUCGUGUUGCAGAAAUACCACACCAUCAAUGGUCAUAAUGCAGAAGUAAGAAAGGCAUUGUCUAGACAAGAAAUGCAGGAGGUCCAAAGUUCUAGGAGUGGAAGAGGAGGCAACUUUGGUUUCGGGGAUUCACGUGGUGGUGGAGGAAAUUUUGGACCUGGACCAGGAAGUAACUUCAGAGGAGGAUCUGAUGGAUAUGGAAGUGGUCGUGGAUUUGGUGAUGGCUAUAAUGGGUAUGGAGGAGGACCUGGAGGUGGCAAUUUUGGAGGUAGCCCUGGUUAUGGAGGAGGAAGAGGAGGAUAUGGUGGUGGAGGACCUGGAUAUGGCAACCAGGGUGGGGGCUACGGAGGUGGUUAUGACAACUAUGGAGGAGGAAAUUAUGGAAGUGGAAAUUACAAUGACUUUGGAAAUUAUAGCCAGCAACCAUCUAACUACGGUCCAAUGAAGAGUGGAAACUUUGGGGGUAGCAGGAACAUGGGUGGACCAUAUGGUGGAGGAAACUAUGGUCCAGGAGGCAGUGGAGGAAGUGGGGGUUAUGGAGGGAGGAGCCGAUAUUGAGCUUCUUCCUAUUUGCCAUGGCCUUGAUAUGAACCAUGGACAAGUAUAUUCUGCUGCCACAAAGACUAAAGUUCUUCAUUUCAACAGCUGAGGCAAGCCAAGUGAUCAUUAAUAAGCUUUUCUUGGUUCCUUCAGUGGUGUUGGUAGUAAAAUGGUAGGUAAAAGUCAGGCUGCAAUACAAGUUCGAUACAUCAUGACAUUUUUCCAUCGUUACAACCUUGUGAAUUCACAUUUCUCGGACCAAGCAUGGGUUUUUAUUAUUGAUCUUCUGUUACUUACUAUGGUUGUUUUAGCUUUACCUGAUAGGCUUAAAGAAGGAAGGGCAAAAUGGUUGUAUAGCUCUGGGUGUACCUGUGGUAUAAUCUGACCCAUUUACCCUACACUGUAAGAUGGAGAGGAGGUUGCUAGAAUUCAUUUCUUAAAACUAAAUGUCUUCAAGGGAUUGACUUUUUACCUGGCUUUACUGCCUUUUCAAGAACAUGACAGGGCAUAUUCUACUGUAGUCACCAGUGAGUCUUCUUUUGAUCCCAAGACCACCACUGAAGUUAUAGGUUCUUUAAAGCAACAUGAUAAACUUCUUCAGAUACUUUUUUUUUCCUUUGGCAGGAAGGUGUCUUGCUGCAGGUAACUAAUGAAGAAGUGGUCAACCACAGAAUCUUCAAGAACUAAGAAAUUCUGUACCAUCUGAAAGUAGUUCUUGUUGGUGCCUUCUUUUUUAAAAGCACUUUUUAAAGGGAAAUGUUUUCUGAUAAAACAUUUUAUUUUAGUCCAGGUUCUUAAAACAAUUCAAAUUGAGUAUUGUUUGUAAAACAGAAGAUCAGUCAGAGAAAUGUACCAUGUUUUAAAUUAGGCUUUUGUGAGUAGACAGAUUAAUUCUAUUUUGAAUACAAAGUUUAUGAAAUAAAUACUUUUGUAUCUAAAUACGUGGUGUAAUGUUUACACACAAAAUGUGAAUCUUGUUCUCUGAACAUGCAGGCUGCCAUUCCUUUAAAAUUUACAAUUUAACAAAUCUAUGCAUAUUGCCAUUCUUAAUUUUCUUUUGAUACUAAUAGACAAAUGAGAAACUUUGAUCAUAACUGGCUGUCCCCAAUAAAAUGCCAUUCCUUAUCCUCCUGUA